ACCGGCUCAGAGAUGGAUGUGAUCAACUUCACCUACUGGAACUCCUCCUAUUGGAACGUUUCGGAUGGCAACUCCACGGAGGCCGGUGACCACACGCCGGCCAGCCCCUACAAGACGGUGGAGGUGGUGUUCAUCGUGCUGGUGGCCGGCUCCCUUAGCCUGGUGACAGUCAUCGGCAACAUCCUGGUCAUGCUCUCCAUCAAGGUCAACCGGAGCCUGCAGACGGUGAACAACUACUUCCUCUUCAGCCUGGCCUGCGCCGACCUGAUCAUUGGCCUUUGCUCCAUGAACUUGUACACGGUGUACAUAGUGAUUGGCUACUGGCCCCUGGGGCCUGUGGUAUGUGACCUGUGGCUGGCGUUGGACUACGUGGUGAGCAACGCGUCCGUCAUGAACCUCUUGAUCAUCAGCUUUGACCGCUACUUCUGCGUGACCAAGCCUUUAAGCUACCCCAUCAAGCGCACCACCAAGAUGGCGGGCAUGAUGAUUGCUGCCGCCUGGGUGCUGUCGUUCAUCCUGUGGGCGCCCGCCAUCUUGUUUUGGCAGUUCAUCGUUGGCGGACGCACGGUGCCUGACAAGGAGUGCUACAUCCAGUUCUUCUCCAAUGCGGCGGUGACAUUCGGCACAGCCAUCGCUGCCUUCUACCUGCCCGUCAUCAUCAUGAUCGUGCUCUACUUUCAGAUCUCUAGGGCCAGCAAGAGCCGCGUCAAGAAGGACACCCGCAAACCGCCCGGCGCCAACCCAGCGGUGGCUGCGGCAGCUGUGUCGCCUAGCCAGGUGCGAGGCCACGUGGCCAAGCCCACCAACAACAAUGUCACCACCAGCGGCGGCGGAGGUGGUGGUGGUGGUGGUGGUGGAAGUGAGGACCCCAACCGGGGCCAGUCCACUGAGGACACGGCCAACCAGCACGAUGGCACGAAGCUCCAGAACGGUAAAGGGCCCUCUGGGAAUGCUGGCGACGGAGAGACGGAGGCGGACGACGCGCCCAAGGACAACGGGAUCCACGGGGACGGCGAGGAGAAAGACAGCUCCAACGACUCCACAUCCGGGAGCGCGGCCACAGCCCACAACCAGAAGGAAGAGGACGCCGCCACGGCCACCACGUCCCGCGACGGCACCGGCGGACGGGCAGGAGGAGGCGGCGCCGGCGCCGAAUCCGGCAGCCAGCCCGUCACCCGGCAGCGCUCCAAGUCGGGCGGCUCCAAGCUGACCUGCAUCAAGAUCGUCACCAAGUCCCCGAAGGGCGACUGCUACACGCCGUCCAACGCCACGGUGGAGAUCGUGCCCAGUGGCGGCGGUGGCGGCGGAGGAGGAGGAGACGCCGCCAGCGUGGACAAGCAGAACCACGUGGCCCGCAAGAUCGUCAAGAUGACCAAGCAGGCGCCGCCGGCCAAGAAGAAGAAGAAGAGCAUGCCCUCGCGCGAGAAGAAGGUCACGCGGACCAUCAUGGCCAUCCUGGUGGCCUUUGUGGCCACAUGGACGCCCUACAACGUCAUGGUGCUCAUCAACACCUUCUGCGCCAGCUGCAUCCCCAACACCGUCUGGACCAUCGGCUACUGGCUAUGCUACAUCAACAGCACCAUCAACCCGGCCUGCUACGCCCUCUGCAACGCCACCUUCAAGAAGACCUUCAAGCACCUGCUGCUCUGCCAGUACAAGAACAUACGCUCGGCCAGAUGA